UGUGUGCGCAGUGUUGUUGUUUCUACGUCCUGGCUCGUUGCCGGUCAACGUUCGAGGUUCAGGAAUACCUGAAAAUCGAUAAAACCUAUCGACAGGAGUGCAACGUACGUCACCAGUGCCAUUGCGUCCUCGAAGAGACAUUUGCCCCAAGGAAGAGGAUGUGGAAUCCCUCCUGGAGGACCACCAGAAAGCCCCAAACGUCAGCAUAACCUCCAAAACCUGCAGGACUCCAGCAUUUGGAUAUGAGUGAAUCGCCCAGAGGCCUAACUGUCAUCGAAUCAUGAUUGGUUACCUCUGGUCGCUGAUUUGCGUGUACUUCAGGCCCCUGGUGAAAUGGUUUUUACGACAGACAACGCAGAUGUGUGAGCUCCAGAGGAUUUGCUAUGGCGAGCCCUCAGGUGCACCUCGCGCUCUCAAUGUAGAGAGGUCCCUUCGUCAGUCUAGAAAUAUUGAUAUCAAGGUGCUGGUGUCUCACCUGGACGAUAUCGCCAGCAGCCGAGGGAUCAAUGGCAGGACAGAGAGAAAAAUCCUGGAGGAAGCCAUCAGAACUGUUCUGCUGACUAAGAAAAUCAAUCCCACUGCUCAUCCGGCAUUUGCCAGGUCCUUUGGAAAAUGCGUGGAGCUGAUUUGGGGGUAUCAUCAGCUGGUGGUCGAGUGCGAGGAGAAGAGGAAGGUUAGUUAUGACUCGGAUAAUCCUGAGCACGAGCUGUCUCUGCUGAAGCUGUGGAAUCUAUUGAAACCUGAGGAGAACCUUGAGGCCAGAGUCACCAAGCAGUGGCAGGACAUUGGAUUCCAGGGGGAUGAUCCUAAGACUGAUUUCAGGGGGAUGGGGGUUCUCGGGCUGGAAAAUCUUGUCUACUUUGCUGAGGAAUAUCCCUCUGCUGCUGCUCAUGCUCUUCUGCACUCCACUCAUCCCAAGUAUGGAUAUGCCUUUGCUAUUGUUGGAAUUAAUAUCACGAGUAUGGCAAUGAGACUCCUCAGGGAUGGUACUGCUAAAACUCAUGUUUAUAAUUCUGCUAAAACUCUGCCCACUCUUCGUGCCUUUCAUCAGUUUUAUAGCUAUCUUUUUUAUGAGUUCGAUGAGUUCUGGAUUGACUCAAAGCCCAAUAAUAUGAUGGCCUUCUCCGAGAUUCAGGAGAGGUUCGAGGGAAACAUCAGGGGAGCACUGGGAAAUCCUGCUACUGUUUUUAGAAUCAAUGUCUCAGUUGAUAAUGUUUAGAUCUGGAAUUUCGGGGAAAGUGCAAUGGGCGGUUAGAUCUUUUUUGGGAAUUGGAGCAGUACAGUUAAUACGUUUUUCGAUGCCAUUUUCGUUGAUUUUUAUGUGAAUUGAAAUGUGAGUAUUGAUGGCGACUUGAAUUUUAAUUUUGUGUUAUUUAAAUAUUAGGGAAUUGGGAGGAUUGAGGGCAGGGAACGUGAAGAUUUCGGGGCAAUUUCAUUUUUUAUUCAGGGCAGGUUUAAAGUGAUAAGUAGUCCUUAGGGUGAAUUAUGAGAUCUAAUUUAUGGAUGAUAGGCUCGAUUUUUGAGAAUAUUCAACAUAAAUCAAGAAUUCAGCAAUAAUUUUAUAUUGAAUUUGCUUCAAAGCUGAGGAACUUUGGCAUGUCAAGGAAACUACAGUGAAUUCCCAACAGUGUGUAACUAAUUCUAAUUACUCUGACGAAUCAGUAAUUCUAGGGACAUGGGCAAGAAAUAUUUCCCAGCAUUUCUGUAAUGAAGAGGUGAAACGAAAAAAGUUAAAAAAAAAAGAAAAUUACAUUUUUAUAUUUGAUAUUCGGACAGAUAAAAUUCCAAAAUUAUUUGAUAGAAAAAUAUCUGUUUCAUUGUAUAAAGAAGAAAUGAUUCGGAAGGCGAAUUAACUUACUUCGUUCCACCCCUCCAAUAUUAUAUGUAUUGCGAUUUACCACUCCAGUACCGAAUUAUUGUAAUUAUUUAUUUUUGCACAAGGCUUUCUGUGAAUUUUUGAGCUUGAUUGUACGGUGAAUUCCAAUUUUUUGGAACAUUCCAGAUCUGAGGAAACUAGUGAUGAUACUCCACAAUUACUUUGUGUUUGUAACGAAUAAAUGAUUUUUGAAGGA